AUGCGGUCUUUGCUACAGCAUUUUGUUAUUGCAUGUUGGGCAGCCACAUGCCACGCCCAAUUCGGCGUUCAAAAUGAUAGGUCAGUCCUGAACAUUAACAACGAAUUCUCAGGGGUCUGCUACACCUAUGUCUCGGUUUAUCCCGUCCUCGCAGACUACAUCACCGUCACAAAGCCUUACAGAGGUUCAGUAACAGCUCUGUACACUGUUCCUCCGCAGGGCAAUGAGCCUGGUAUUGUUAUUGUUGAGCAGCCGGGUGGUUCGUCGGCGCCUGAGAAUGUGGUUAUUCCUGCGACGGAUGAUAGGGAGUAUGUUAUUAUUAUAAGGCCGUAUACGGGUGACAGGCCCAUUUCUGCGCCGGUUACGCAGGUUGUUCCACCGAGAGAUGGGAGGCCGGGACAGAUUAUUAUUGAGACACCAGAAACUCUUGGGGCGGAUGCUACGUUGGGUGUUUUGUCGCCUGUGACGUUGGAGCCGCAGGAUUCGACUGGUUAUGUUACUGUGCUGCAGCCUAUUUCUGGCACGCUUGCAUCACUUCAGCUGGUUACCAUUACACCAACUGGCACGAAUCGAGGAUCCGUCAUUAUUAAUGUCCCCGCUUCAUCGAUUAAUGGCUCACCGCAGGGUAUUACUCUCCAGCCCGCCUCAGCAGGCGAUUAUGUCACCGUGAUUGAGCCCGCUGGCGUUUCAUUCACUGGUACGACCCCAAUCAGAAUUACUGUCGCGCCGAGCGGCGACAGGCCCGGCACCAUCAUCAUCCAAACACCGGUACCCGGAACAUUGGCCCCUUUGAGUCUUGUCAAUCCGGCUACCAACCCCUUGAGUUCUCUCGGUCUUCUCGCUGGUCAAACGAUUACUCUUCAACCGACAGAUGCGACUGGUUACGUGACCGUCAUCGAGCCCGCCGAGGGAAGCGUUACUCCGACAGCGCCAAUUCGAACGACGAUUCCUCCGACAGGAACGAAGCCCGGUACUGUUCUCAUUCAGACUCCUCCCGGAGGUGUUAAUGGAAGGCCUGCUGGUGCGCCAGUUACUGGUGAGGGUGGUACAGCGUUCCCGCCUACGCGCACUCGUCCUGAGGGAGCGGUCUCGUACACAACUAUUACUCGAGGUGUGCCCAACGGAUUCGGUGGCUCUGGAUCAGGAUCAGGUUCUGGGUCCGGGUCUGGCGGUGGCUCCGCUGGCGGUGCGAACGGCGGUCAAGAUGGAACUGAUCAGAAUGACGACGAGUUCGACUUUGGUGGUGUUCAAGGAAGACCCGGUGGAUCCCAGGGUGGUGAUGAAGGACCACGACAGACCCUUACCAUCCCUCCCGAGGGCGGAAACCCUGGUACUGUCCUUGUCUUGACACCCGAUGGUGAUGGCAAUGCCCAGGCCACGACUGGAGGAUCUGCCGGCAACCAAGGCGGCUCAGGUAGCGGCUCUGGUGGUUCCUCUGGCGGAAGCAACCAAGGAGGAAGUGGCUCGAAUACCGGGGGCUCAAGCUCAGGCUCAGGCUCUUCGUCCGGAUCUGGAACAGGAUCUGGCUCCUCAGGCUCCGGCCAAGGGGGAAGCUCUAGCAACGGAGGUUCCAGCAACAAUGGCGGUGGAGAGUCUGGUAGCGGAGGUACCCAAGGCAAUGGCUCUGGAUUCCAAGGUGGCGACGGCGACGACUCAUCUGGAAAUGGCUCAUCAGGAUCAGGUACUGGAAACACCUCCGGCAAUGGUGGCCGACCUGGUGAUGAUGACGGCGAUACCUCUGGUGACGGAUCAUCAUCAGGCUCAGGCAGCGAAGGUACCGCUGGAAAUGGAGGAGGCCGACCAGGUGACGACGACGAUGACACCCCAAACAACGGUGGCUCAGGCGACUCUGGAGCUGGAGGCUCUGGCAGCGGCCAAAGCAGAAGCAGUACGCGAUCUGCUGGCUCCUCUCAGAACACUGGAAGCGCUUCCAAUGGCGGCUCAGAUGACGGCGACGACCCUCUCAAAGGUGGUACUCAAGGAGGUAACGGCUCAGAAGGUGAUGACAUCGACGAUGAUGAUGAGAAUAGUUCAUCCUCAAGACGCACUUCCCAAACUUCGACCUCAACUCAGUCGCCGAUCAUUCGAACGACACCCACAACCUAUGUCGUUACAUCUAGCAACACAGUCAUCACUAUCACCGCCGACGUCGUCCAAACUCUCACCAACGACCAGUCCACAGCAACUCGCCGCUCAACAAGCACCGGAUCAAGCAGCAUCAAUGGUGAACUCGAGGGGUUUGGUAGUGGUAGUCAAGGCCCUGCAGACAGCACGAGCUUCACAAGGGCUGGUAACAGCCGGACUACCUCUGACGCCGAAGAGGAUGCUACUACUAUUCUGACGAAUGCGCCGCCUCAAGUCAAUCCCGACCCGGCUGCUUCAUCCUCGGGCUUUACUAACACGGUUGAUACGGCUAUGCGACCUGGUGGCAGUGGACAGAGUAGUUGGAGCUCCAGUAGGACUACAACGAGCGGUCAAAGCACAAGGUCUUCGGCUGGUGGUGAAGAGGGCGGCUCGGAUGAGACUGAUGCUGCAUCGUCCACCACUCGACCGUCCACUUCGGCUGGUGGAAGCGGUUCUGGCUCAGCAUCUUCAGGUUCGAACCAGGGUGCGACCGGUUCCCAGGCUGCCGGCAGCUCACAGUCCGCUUCGACACAAUCGACUACAUCUUCCUCUUCGACUAGACCUCUCACAGGCGAACCUGCCAAUCUUGGAAGCGGCUCUAGCGCUGUUGGACAGAGUACCACAUCGACUUCAGCACAAGGAAGUGGUUCAGCUUCAGCAUCCAGCGCAUCAGGCUCUUCAAGCUCUCAGUCUGGAGCUUCAACUUCGCCCGGCGCAAACACUAGACCCGGCGACGAAACAGUGAGUCAAGGGUCUUCCACUACAUCUUCUCGGCCUUCAACCACAACUUCAUCGUCAUCCUCGGCUUCGACACGGAUUACUACCACUACUUCACAAGAGGUUAUCAUCAUCGACACGCUCGUUGGCUCACAAAGCGUCGCUGAGUCGGAUCGUGUGCCACAGGGCGACGAGGAGACAUCUUUUACUCGCGGAACAACGAGCGCGACGACUGGUACCACUGCUGGCGAUGAUGACGAAGAAUCUGCGACAUCUGCUGGAGCCUCAAGCGCUACUGCGUCGAGUUCUGGUGCGUCGAAUGCUGGCAGCCAGACUACCUCUCAAGCUGCUGGGUCUCCCAUCACUGGAGAUGACGAUGAAGAUGAUACAGAGUCUUCUUCCACCCAAACGGGGCUUACUGGACAGCCUGCUGGUGGCGCUGGUACAUCGACUGCUGGUGAUGAUGAGGAUGAUGAGGCUACUACAGUGCUUUCUAAUGCACCGCCAAUUGUUGUUCAGCCAACUGAUGGAACUGCAUCUAACGGCUCUGAUCUUGAUGAUACAGCCACUGCUUCUGACGACGAAGCUUCGGCGACAGGGUCCACCGGUACCGCGACUGGGGAUGAUGACACUCCUCAGUCAACAGGCGCUGGCUCAGGUGACGAUGAUGACGAUGAAGAGGACCCCAGUGCGACUGGCACCGCUGGCCCUCAGGAUCCCGAAGCUGGAGAAACUGCCUCAGCGACAGCUACAGACGGAGCUGAAGAGACUGGCACAGAUGAGGAUGACGACGAUGUCAGCUUGAUCAGUCCUCAGAUGCCUGUUCCCACUAGACCCUUACCCAGUAUUUCUGAUAGCCUAUCUGCUACAGAUGAUGAUGACCUUGCUACUGAGAUUGGAGAAACUGCCACAGACGACCCCAAUAUUGAAGCUAGCGUAACCGUCGGACUCGGUGUCUCCUCUGGGGUUUCGGAUGACGAUGAAGCUUCUGAGACAGCCGCCGAUGAUGAUGCAAAAGAGACUGGAACCAGAGUAGUAGGUGGACCUGCUGGAACUGGUGUAGCUGGUACUGGCGCGGCUGGUGAUGAUGAUGAUGGUGACGAUGAGCCCAGUGUCACCACGGGUGCUGAUGCUGGCGAACCAUCGGCGACUGAUGUAGAUGAUGGUAGCGAGCCCUCUGACUCCGACAUCGCUACUGACGAUCAAGUAUCUGCUACUGACACAAACACUGAAGAUGAUAGCCAACCCACCACCGGCGGAUCUGGAGGAGACCCUGAAGCUACCAUCACAGAUGAUGCCGACAGAGGUUCGCCGACAGUCACCUUCUUCCGUCUAGGCCGUGGCCAAUUCAGAACAACACUCUUCAUCCCACCAGAAGCUACCAAUGAACCCUGGACCGUCAUCAUCGAAACGCCCGGCACAGAGACCCAAUCUGAAGGUGCGACGGCUCGCGGAGAAGAUGAUGUUCUUGCUACCGAGCCCGCAAUCACUGGAACUGCCAACAUCACACUCUUCAGAGCUGGAUCUAGUCCUCAGAGAAGAACCUUCUACAUCGCUGCUAGAGAGUCUGAUCAGCCUGGUACUGUCAUCAUCGAGACACCAACCUUUGCGACUGUUUCGCCGACUGUUACUGCGACGCCGAUUGCUUCCGAUGAUGGCCUUAGUGAAAGCUCUGCCAUUGAGAAUAAUAUCAGGCCUAAUGAGACAGUUUACAGCUCUGGCACUGGUUCUACUACCAGGACGCUGUAUAUCCCUCCAACUGGCUCAGGUGCACCUGGUAUCAUUAUUAUUGAGACACCCGCUUCAAGUGCUACUCCUACUGCUACUGGUACUGGAGACGAAGAUGAAGAUGAAGAUGAGGAUGAGGCUGAGGAUACUGCUACUGAUACCAGAUCUGGUACUACCAUCUUCACAGUAGGCACUGGGACAGUGACUACAACUAUCUUCAUCCCACCCGAGACCUUAGGUGAUCCUGGCACAUUCAUCGUCGAGACGCCCGCUUCAGGAACAGAUGACAACCCCGUUUCCGACAACGACGACGAGGAGGCUACUGGUUCCGAAGCAAUCAUCACACCAGCUCCCAGCGGCAUCAUCGAUCAAGAGGGCGAAGGCAAUCUCACACUCUACCGAUCCGGCGCAAGCUCGACCCGUCGCACGAUCUUCAUCCCACCGACAUCAAGCGGCGACAGAUGGACCGUCGUCAUCGAGACACCUUCAUCACAGACCGAGCUUUCAGAAACCGGAAUUGCAGCAACUGCGCCAGGUUUCCAAACAACACAAGCUUCAGUCACUGGAACUGCGAACUUCACUCUGUUCAGAGCUGGCCCUGCAACGACACGAAGAACAUUCUACAUCGCACCUACUACGACAGCUGAGCCCGGAACAAUUGUUAUUGAAACACCAACUUUUAGAUCUUCCAGUGGUCCCACUGCAAACCCUGCUACGACUACUGAUGCUAUUUCUGCUGCGUCGACUACUACUGUGAUUCUUCAGGGUAUCGGGACUAGGGCGACGACUUAUUAUUCUCCGCCAGCUAGUUCAGGUGACCCUGGUACUUUGUACAUUGAGAGUCCAGCGGUCGGUGGGACUCAAGAUCCUGAAGCUACUGAGACUGAUGACAGAACUGAUGGUGCGACGGGAACUGGUCUACCGCCUGGUGUUCUUCCCAAUGUCACCGUAUCUAGCGGUAUCGCGGGAUCUGUUACACAAACUGUGUACUUCCCUCCGGGUACUUCUGGAGAAGCUGGUACCUUUGUUAUCGAAUUUGGAACGGAUGGGCCUGCGGCCUCUGCAACUGGCGAUGCCGGUGGCGGCGACGACGAUGACGACGAAGAUGUCAUCUCGGCUGCUACUACGGUCACAAGCUCCAGAGGAGGAUCUGCUUCUACCACAAGAACGAUCUACAUCCCUCCUACAGCUUCCGGAGAGCCUGGAACUCUUAUUGUCGAGACACCUACCGGUGGCUCUGGAGCUAGCGCAACAGGGGAUGAGGAUGAUGCGGAAGAGACUGGUGAUCCUGACGAUGUCAUCUCGGCGACUACUACCACUACUAUCUACCGUGGUGGUCCUGCUUCGGUGACGAGAACGAUUUAUGAUCCACCUACAGCAUCUGGUGAACCUGGUACUCUUAUCAUCAUCACUCCCACAGGGGGAUCUGGAGCGAGCGCGACAGAUGAUGAUGACUCUCAGGGUACUGGCACUGCGUCUGCUACAGAUGAUGAUACCGACGAUGCUACCGCAACUGACUCUCGAACUGAUUCAGAUGAGGACAUCAUCUCAGCGACAACGACAACAACUGUCUACAGCGGUGGUCCUGCCGCGAUCACAAGCACGAUUUAUAUCCCUCCUACUGCUUCAGAUCAACCUGGUACCCUUAUCAUCGUGACACCUACCGGAGGCUCUGAUGCUAGUGCUACCGGCGAUGACGAUGCAGAGGAGACGGGCGAUAUUACCAUCACUGACAUCGGCAUAAUUGAAGCGACGACUACUUUCACUAGCUACAGAGGUGGCACAGAUUCAGUCACCAGGACUGUAUAUAUUCCUCCUACUGCCUCUGAUGAACCUGGAACACUCAUUAUUGAGACGCCUACAUCUGGGCCAGAUGAUGAUGAUGGUGAUGACGACUCUGGAGUCACAGGUACAGGGGCAAGCAGCCCAACUGCGGUUCUCACUUCCGGUCGGAAUGUGACCAUUUACACUGGUGGACCUGCUUCGUCUACCACAACGCGCUUCAUUCCUGCUACUGUGUCGGGUGAACAAGGGACCGUGGUCAUUGAGACUCCUACGGCAGGACCUCAGGCUACAGGCAUUGGUAAUGUGACCAUUGUUACUGGCGGUCCUGCGACCGUCACUCAGACUCGCUAUGUUCCUGCUGCAAUUACAGGCGAGCCUGGCACUAUUGUCAUCGAGACGCCCACUGGUGCUGGAGACAGACAGACAGCUACAGACGAUGAUGAUAGUACACUGCCUUCGGAAACCGGCAAUGACGCUACGAUAACCUCUCCCGGCAACGUUACCGUCACGAGUGGUAGACCUGGUUCAGCUACAAGCACUGUCUACAUCCCACCCACGGCUUCCGGGGAGACUGGAACUAUCAUCAUCGAAUACCCAACAGGUGACGAUGAUGGUAAUCCCGCGACCGGUACAGCUGAAGACGAUCCUAUCAUCAUUGCGCCUACUGCCUCGGGUGGUAACUCAACUAUCAUCCGUGGUGGUCCAGCCAGCGUUACUACAACCAUCUACAUCCCACCCACAGCAUCUGGCGAAGGCGGCAUUAUCAUAAUCGAGACACCUACAGGCAAUGAUGAUGAUACUGAUGCGUCUGAGACUGGAACUACCACAGAUGCCCCUGCUGCAACUGGCGGUCCUGGCAACACUACUAUCACCACUGGAGCCCCAGGAACAGCUACAGAGACCGUUUACUUCCCACCCGAUGACCCAAGCGAGAGCGGUACUGUUAUUGUAGUAACGCCUGCGUCAGCUACCACGGUCUAUAGCGGUGGUCCAGUCACUGCUCCAGUCACUCAAUUCAUCUCCGCAACAGCAUCCGGGGAGCUGGACACAGUACUCAUCGAGACACCAACCACAGGUGCAGAAGCUACGCGUUCUAGUACUACCGUUUUUGGUGGCGGCUCUGGUAGUACGACUAGAACUGUCGUUUUAUCUGCCACUGCAUCGGGCGAACCUGAUACUGUCUUCGUCAUCACACCUACUGCUGGUGGAGCGACAGGUUCAGAUGCUGGUGACGACGUUGAGGCAACUACUAUUACCCGUGGUGGCCCAGCGGCUGUUGAGACGACUAUCACUGUUACCGGUGUUUCUGGACAGCCUGAUACCGUUUACGUUGAGACUCCGACGAGGUCUGCUGGAGAUGACCCGGCAGAGACCGGCGAUGACACUGAUCGUGAAGAUGAUGCAAUCACCACUAUUACCAGAGGCGGCCCAGCUUCCGUCGCAACGACAAUUACAGUUACUGGAGUUUCUGGACAGCCGGACGUAGUUUAUGUUGAGACCCCGACAAGGUCCGCUGGCGAAGAAGAUGCUGAGGUUACGACGAUCACCAGAGGCGGCCCAGCCUCUGUAGCAACUACAAUUACUGUCACUGGUGUAUCGGGUCAACCUGACGUUGUCUACGUGGAGACUCCCACUGGCGAUGAUGAUGGCGCGGUCACAACGAUCACCCGAGGUGGUCCCGCUUCAGUCGCGACGACAAUAACGGUGACUGGUGUAUCUGGCCAGCCGGAUAUCGUGUAUGUGGAAACACCUACGGGCGGCGCAGCUUCGGAAACUGAUGGCGAACCUGCGCCCACGACAAUUACGAGAGGAGGAACAGCCUCUGUCGCAACCACGGUUACUGUCCAAGGUGUAUCUGGAGAACCAGAUACUGUCUACGUGGUAACUCCUACUACUGGCACAGCUUCAGAGACUGAUAAUAACGGACUUGAGCCUACAACAAUUACCAGAGGUGGGCCAGCUUCGGUCGCCACAACUGUUACCAUCCCCGGCACACCAGGAGGUCGGGAUACCGUUUACGUGGAAACCCCGACUGGUGUUGGGGCCACUACAUUCACCAGAGGUGGUCCGGCUACAGUAGAGACAACAGUCACUGUUACAGGCGCAUCUGGGGAACCAGAUACUGUCUACGUGGAGACACCUACCGGAUCAGUUACAGUCUCGGCUUCUGGCACCGAUGAUGACGAAGAUGAAGGCGAGGCCACUACGAUCACCAGAGGCGGACCGGCUUCAGCCGAAACAACAAUCACUGUCACAGGAGCUUCAGGUCAACCCGAUACUGUCUACGUUGAGACUCCUACUGGAUCGGCUAGAGAGUCCGCUUCCGCGUCAGAUGCUGGUGAUGAUGAACCUGAGGCUACCACAAUUACCCGUGGCGGCCCUGCAUCAGUUGCAACCACAAUUACCAUUUCAGGCGCCUCUGGCCAACCAGACACUGUUUAUGUCGAGACCCCAACAUCCUCUGGGCAGACUGACAUCGAUACAGCUAUUGCUACUACUAUUACCCGUGGUGGACCGGCCUCAGCUGCAACGACUGUCACUAUUCAGGGCAGCUCAGGCCAGCCGGGUACGGCUUAUAUAGUAACUCCAACAAGCGCAGCCUCGGAUACUAGUGAUGAGAUCGAGACUACCACAAUUACCCGCGGUGGCCCAGCCUCAGUUGCGACCACAGUCACUAUACCAGGCGCAUCGGGUCAACCGGACACUGUUUAUGUCGAGACCCCGACAGACACAGCUGAUAUCAAUACAUCCUUGGCUACCACCAUUACACGUGGUGGAACCGCCUCAGUUCCUACAACUGUCACUGUUCAAGGUAAUUCCGGCCAGCCAGGUACAGCCUAUGUUGUAACUCCGACCGACGCAGCUUCUGAAACUGUCGAUGAAGACGGUGUUACUACGAUUACUCGUGGUGGACCGGGCUCGGUUGCAACUACCAUUACCUUUACGGGUGUGUCAGGCCAGCCAGAUGUAGUCUAUGUCGAGACUCCGACUACAGGACCCUCGGAGACUGGUGACGAGAGCGAGGUUACUACAAUUACUAGAGGCGGACCUGCCACCGUGGCUACAACUAUUACUGUCACUGGUGCAUCAGAUCAGCCAGAUACGGUUUACGUCGAAACUCCCACUGGCUCAGCUGCGGAGGAUGAUGCUACUACCAUCACUCGAGGUGGACCAGCGUCAGUGGCAACAACGAUUACUGUGACAGGCGUAUCAGGUCAACCAGAUACAGUUUAUGUCGAAACCCCAACUACUGGUGCAGCUCAAGCUACCACCAUCACCAGAGGCGGACCUGCCGCUGUAGCUACCACGGUUACAGUUACUGGAGCAUCAGGUCAGCCUGAUACAGUUUAUGUUGAAACGCCAACUGGCUCAUCUGACGAUGAUGAGAUUGAGGCUACUACCAUUACCAGAGGCGGCCCUGUCUCAGAGGCCACGACAAUCACUAUCCCUGGUACAACUGGUCAGCCAGAUGUUGUCGUUAUUGAGACACCUGAAGCUUCAGCGACUAACGACGACGACGAGGAGGUCCAAUAUACCACUAUCAUUCGAGGUGGCCCUGUGACAGCUGCUACUAUUGCCACCAUUCCUGGUGUUUCGGGUGGUCCUGACACUGUCUUUAUCGAGACACCAACUACCUCGGGUGCCGGUGUUGAGGCUACCACGAUCACUACAGGUGCCCCUGUCUCUGUCGCGACAACAAUCACUAUUCCCGGCGUGUCAGGCGCUCCAGAUACCGUCCUCAUCCAGACACCAACCGAGUCCAGCGACGACGAAGAACCUUCAGCUACCGGUGAUGAUGAUGAGGAGGAGGAGAUAGCUACUACCAUUACCCAGGGAGGUCCGGUAACGACUGCAACUACAAUCACCCUCCCUGGCGAAUCUGGCGAGCCUGGCACAGCCGUUGUGGAGACGCCGACUGGUGUUGUUGUUACUCCUCAAGGUCGACCCAACACGACGGUCUACACAGGUGGUUCUGUCACAGCCCCUCAGACAAGAUAUGUAUCAGCUACAGUUUCUGGCGAGCUCGAUACAAUCAUUGUCGUAACACCGACUGCUGCUGAUGAUGUUGAGUAUACCACGACUGUCAGAGGCGGAUCCGGCACUGCUACUCGUACUAUCACCUUGGAGCCUGAUUCUCCUGAUGAUCUUGGAACUGUUAUUAUCGAGACUCCAACGGGCUCUGCUGGUGAUGAAGAUGAAGAGACUGCCACCGAUGGCGACACGACUGCGACCGCUACUGACGACACUGAGGACGUCGAGUAUACUACUAUCACUAGUGGAGGUUCCGGCACAGCCACUCGCACUAUCACGCAGCAACCUGAUGAUCCCGAUGAACUUGGAACGGUUAUUGUUGUGACUCCGACAGGCUCUGGUGGAGAUGAGGAUGAGACGGCAACGGAUUCCAAUACUUCGGCUACUGCCACGGACGAUGCUGACGAUGUUGAGUACACUACUAUUACCAGUGGUGGAUCAGGAACUGUCACUCGCACAAUCACACAGGAGCCCGACUCCCCUGGUGAACUCGGCACCAAGAUCGUGAUCACCCCAACCAGGUCUCCUGGUGAUGAUGAGAUUGAGUAUACCACCACUACCAGAGGUGGAUCCGGAACUGUUACACGCACAGUUACAUUGCGGCCUGACUCUCCCGACGAACUUGGUACGGUUAUUAUCGAGACCCCCACGGGAGCUGAUGAUGGCGAUAGUGAGGCCUCAGCUACUCCUACUGCUACAGUUGAUACGGAUGAGAUUGAAUACACUACCACUACCAGAGGCUGGUCUGGUACUGCCACACGUAUAGUUACACUGCAGCCUGACUCUCCUGAUGAGUUUGGCACAGUUAUAGUCGAGACUCCCACCGGAACCGACAAUGACGAUGAUGAACCAUCUGCUACUGCUACAGAUGGCGCAGAUAUUGAGUAUACGACUACUACCAGAGGGUGGUCCGGUACUGCUACACGCACAGUUACAUUGCAACCGGAUUCUUCCGAUGAACCCGGUACAGUCAUCGUUGAAACCCCCACAGGAGCUAAUGAUGACGACGAUGAGGCAUCAGCUACUCCUACAGAUGAAAUCGAGUAUACAACGGUCUUCAGUGGUGGCCCUGUCACUGCCAGCGUCACAAGAACGCUUCAGCCUGGCUCCCCAGGAGACUUGGGUACCGUUGUCAUUGAAACACCAACUGAAUCUACGGACUAUGAUCAGUACACCACUGUAUUUGUUGGUGGUCCCGCCAAUGUUCCUCGAACUACCACCAUCUCCCCAGCAUCAUCGGGAGGACUUGGCACUGUUCGUAUUGAGACACCCACCGCCCCUGUCAAUGAAGAUAUCGAGUACACGACGGUCUUCACCGGAGGAUUAGUGACAGGUUCACGAACGAUCACACUCGCUCCAGGAUCUUCAGGAGACAUGGGUACUGUGAUCGUCGAAACACCAACUGGUGCCCCUGGGGAUGAUGAUGAUGAUGACGAGGUUGAAUACACGACAAUCUUCAGCGGAGGACCAGUUACUGCAUCUAGAACGAGGACCCUCGCUCCGGGCACUGCAGGUGGUCUCGGCACUGUCAUCAUUGAGACACCCACUGGUGCGUCUGAUGAUGAGAUCGAGUAUACUACGAUCUUCACUGGUGGUCCAGUUACAGCGUCUACAACCAGAACACUGGCCCCAGGUACCGCCGGCGGUCUUGGUACUGUUAUCGUCGAAACACCCACUGGAGCCGAUAAUGAAGAGAAUCCAACUGCCACAGAAACUGAUGACGAGAUCGAGUACACCACCGUCUUCAGUGGAGGUCCAGUAACUGCAUCGCGAACAACUACCUUGGCACCUGAUCAGCCUGGUGACUUGGGCACAGUCGUCAUUGAAACACCGACUGGUACUAUUGAUGAUGGCGACAGAGACCCUAGUGCUACAGCUACGGACGACGAGAUUGAGUACACUACUGUCUUCACUGCUGCGGAUGUUACUGCUUCAAGGACUACCACUCUCGCGCCCGGUGCUCCUGGUGAUCUCGGCACAGUCGUUAUUGAAACGCCCACUGCUGCGGAUGACGAUGAGAUCGAGUACACUACUAUCUACAGCGGCGGAUCCGUUACCGCUGAAAGAACGACCACUCUGGCUCCUGGAGAGCCCGGAGACCUCGGAACAGUCAUCGUCGAGACCCCUGCUGCCUCACCGAUUGACACUACCACUGCGACAAUCAGCGGAGAACCAGUUGUGAUCGUGAGGUUCCCCAACACUACCAUCUACAGUGGUUAUACCGGAUCUACCACACAAACGCUUUACUACCCUCCUGCUUCAGACGCAACAAGUGCCCAGGGUACUGUGGUCAUUGAGACACCUACUUCUGGUUUCGAGCCGUAUAAUGUUACCCGUACUGUUGGCGGCCCUGCUUCUGUUAGAACGACUAUCUACAUUCCUCCUACAGCGUCUGGUGAGCCUGGUGAGGUUAUUAUUCAGACACCAACAGCUUCAGCCAGCGCCACUGCAGAAGAGCCACUUGGCAUGAAUACAACACUCUACAGUGGUGGUCCAGGUUCAGUUGAGACGACUAUCUACUACCCACCUGCAACAGAUGAUCCCGAUAGAGUCGGCACAGUGGUCGUUCAAACGCCUACGGCUGGAGCUCCUGCAACUACAUCAGCAUUCGUUAUCGCGAACGUUACAAUUACGGUAGGCGGUCCAGCAGGUAUCACCACAACAGUCUACGUUCCUCCCUUAUCGUCCAACGAACCUGGAACAAUCAUCAUCCAGACCCCAACAACCACUCUCGAACCAACGUCAGCUUCACCAGUACAGAACAUCACCCGCACGGUCGGAGGACCAGCUUCAGUCCCAGAAACAAUUUACAUUCCUCCCACUGCACCCGGAGAACCUGGAACAGUCCUCAUUCAAACACCAACAGCAGGCUCGGCUACCGCUGCACCAGCUGCUACUACAUCUGCACCGAUCGUUCCUACAACCAAUACUACGAUCUUUAUAGCUGCGCCAAGCACUGCUACAGCUGGCACAACCCUCUACGUACCACCGACUGCCAGCGGAGAGCCAGGAACUGUUAUCGUGCAGACUCUUGUUGCAACGACUGGCCCGAUCACGUCUGCUUCAAUUACACCCGCACCGAUCGUUCCCACAACCAACACAACGAUCUUUGUCGCUGCUGCAGCUACGGCUACAGUUGAGACUACGCUUUAUGUACCGCCUACGGCUAGUGGAGAGCCGGGCACUGUUAUUGUUCAGACUCUUGUUGCUACGCCUUCUUCUGCUUCGAUGGUGUCGGUUAGCUUGGAGACUCCUGUUACUACGGUCAGCUCUUCUAGCUCGGCCGCUCCUCCAGCGGCGACAUCUACCUCCAUUAGUGUAGCUGCUCCUGCUGCGUCGUCGACUUCAAGUAGCGCUGUUGUUGUGCCUCCCACAUCGACUUCAAGCAGUCCUGCCGUGGUGGUUCCAACGACUUCGUCAAGCAGUGCCGCUGUGGUUCCAACUACUUCUUCUUCGAGUGCUGCUGUCGUGGUUCCCUCAACAUCAUCCUCAACCAGCGCUCCGGCGGCUGUCUCAACAAGCACAUCUGCCCCUGCAGUCGUCGUACCACCAACCACUACAUCAAGCCGCUCAUCAACAUCCACCUUCCCAUCACCUGUCGGCAUGCCAACCUUCAACUGCGACGGCUUCGGCUACAUCGUCUCAAGCUUGCUCCGCCCCAGUCUCACAAGAGUUAAUCUCAUCACCGGCGCCCGAACGACUAUCUACGAUGGCAUCGGUCCCGGUCUGGGCAUUAACGGUGUCGGAUUCAACCCUACUGACGGCUACAUCUAUGGCUUUGCAACCCAGGGUCUUCUUGUCAAUCUUCUUUGUGGUCUACUCGGAUGUCCCCAGUCGCAGCUCAUCCGUAUUGCCAGCAACGGCAAUUGGGAACUUCUCCCACUUGUUCUCCAAACGCAGACGAUUAGCAUGGGUGAUUUUGAUGAUCAGGGCCGCCUGUUCGUUUCAGAGGGUGGAAAGAAAUGGUGGUCUAUCAAUCUAGCGAAGGGUAAUCGGAACUUUGGAAAGCAAAUUGCGGAGGGUACUUCAAGCGCGGAUCUGCUUAGCGGUGUUGGUGAUUGGAGUUACGUCCCUGGCGGAGGCACUUAUCUCUAUUCUGUCCAGGCAUCAGUCCUCGAGUCAGGUCUUCUGCAGACCAAUAUUGUGCGCUGGUCUACAUCCACAAACAAGUGGGAGGCCUUCAGAUCCUACCCCGGAAUUCUCCUUACAGCGCUUAAUCUGGUUUGGGGUGCUACGAUUGCUGCACCGAACAAUGUACUGUUUGCGCAGGAGAACAUCUUGGGUCAGACGUGGAGGUUCGAUUUGGCAAGCGGGGCGAGUCCCGUGGCUAUCCAAGGAGGCAAUAUCUUGAACUUGAAUGGUGAUGGAGCGAAGUGCGCAACUGGCGCUGUUGUUUAA